UAUUGUUCUCCAAACAGUAAACCACUAUUUCACACAGAGAGAUUGUGGGCUGCAGUUCUCUCCAAGUCCUGGACUCCUCAUGAAUAUGAAGUAAAGGCUCUGUCUGACCCAGAAAGUAGUUUUAAGCAGGGUAAAAUGGGGUCUCGGAAAUGUAGAAGCUGCCUAAGUCGUCUGCUGAUUCCGCUUGCACUUUGGAGCAUAACUGUGAAUAUAUUAUUGUAUUUCCCAAAUGGGCAAAUUUCCUAUGCAUCCAGCAAUAAACUCACCAACUACGUGUGGUAUUUUGAAGGAAUCUGUUUCUCAGGUGUCAUGAUGCUUAUUGUAGCAGCAGUACUUCUUGUACUAGAGAGUGAUAACAACUAUAAAUGUUGCCAGAGUGAAAACUGCAGCAAAAAAUACAUGACACUGCUGUCGAUGAUCUUUUCUGCCCUUGGAAUUGCUUUUUCUGGAUACUGCCUGGUCAUAUCGACUUUGGGUCUUGUUCAAGGCCCAUACUGCCGCACCCUCAAUGGCUGGGAAUAUGCCUUUGAGGGCACUGCAGGACGUUUCCUUACAGAUUCCAGCAUAUGGAUUCAGUGCCUUGAACCCGCACAUGUAGUAGAAUGGAAUAUCAUUUUGUUUUCCAUUCUCAUAGCUCUCAGUGGGCUUCAGGUGAUCAUCUGCCUCAUCAGAGUAGUCAUUCAGUUAUCCAAGAUACUGUGUGGAACCUAUUCAAUCAUCAUCCAGCCUGGAAUCAUUUGAAUAAGGACAAAAAUGUUUUCCUUUAUCAAGUUAUGGUCAUCUAUCUAAGUCUCAUAUUUAGACUUGAGUGCAAUAUUCAAAUGAUGUUUUCUCCAUUUGGUGUUUAUUGUACCCAUUCGUAAAAUUUACAGUCCUCACUGGAAGUGCAAAUUAUGCCACCUUUCUAUUUAGAAUUUUUUCUAAGUAAUAUGUGUGAAGAUCUUUAGAAAUAUUUAUACCCUUUGAUUAAACAAAUCAAUUUUCAAUAAUUUAUACUAUGGAAAUAAAUAAGAAUAUAAGAUAAAACUGUAUGCAAGUGAAUAUGUUUCAACAUUAUUUAAUAUUUUGGAGAAUUGGAAAUACUCUACAAGUCUAAGUUUAGGGGAAGGAUUAAAUAAAGAGUUGUA